AUGUCUUACAACGAUAAGGGCAACUAUGGUCGGAGCACCAGCGGCUAUGGAGGCAAUGACAGUUCAUAUGCCUCUUCCCGUCGUGAUGACGACUACGGUUCUUCCGGCCGCGGAAGCUCCCACGGGGGCUCUCGUGGAGAUGGUACCUAUGGGUCCAGCAGGAGAGACGACGACGACAAUUCAUAUUCAAACUCCGGCCGUGCUGGAAUGAGCGGAAGCUACGGAUCUAGCAACAAACGUGAUGAUGAUUCCUACGACUCAUCACGGCGUGAUGACAAUGAUACGUACGGAUCCUCUGGCCGUACCAGCGGGAACAAUUCCUAUGGUUCUAAAACGAGAAAUGAUGACACCUACGGAUCGUCUGGCCGAACUGGUGGCUCUGAUUCCUAUGGAUCCGGUCGACGUGACAAUAAUAAGUCCUAUGGAUCAUCUGGAUAUUCUGGAAGCGACAAUUACGGCUCUAACAAGAAGCACGACAAUGAUACAUAUGGAUCUUCAGGCCGCACUGGUGGCGAUAAUACGUACUCCUCGAACCGUCAUGAUAACGGCUCCUACGGGUCUAAUAAUCGCGACAAGGACACGUCCUACGUCUCGUCUGGCUAUGGGUCUAGCAAGAAAGAUAGUGAUGAUUCAUAUGGUUCUAGCAAACGUGACAAGGACUCCUAUGGUUCAUCUGGCUAUGGGUCUAGCAAGAAAGAUAGUGAUGAUACACAUGGUUCCAGCAAACGUGACAAUGACAAGGACUCCUAUGGUUCAUCCGGCUAUGGGUCUAGUAAACGCGGCAAUGAUACACACGGAUCGUCCGGAUAUUCGGGAAGCACUUCCUACAGCUCUAGCAAGAGAGAUGACAACGAUUCCUACGGCAGACGCGAUAAUGAUUCUUCAUACGGGUCAUCUGGGUACGGCUCCGGCAAGAAGGAUGAUAAUCCUUACGGAUCUAGCAAACGCGAUAAUGAUACGUAUGGGUCAUCCGGAUAUUCAGGAAGUACCAGCUAUGGUUCCGGCAAAAAAGAUGAUAACAACACCUAUGGCUCCUCGGGCUAUUCCGGGAAUACUAGCUAUGGAUCUAGCAAGAGAGAUGAUUCAUACGGGUCUAACACCCGUGACAAUAAGUACAGCUCGUCAGGCUAUGGGAGCGGGCACCGUGACGAUGACAGGAACGAGUCCAUGACAAGCAAGAUCCUGCACAAAGUGGGUGAUGUGAUUGUAGACAAGAUCAGUGACAGGAUUGAAGGAAAGGGGAAAUGA